AUAUUAUUCUUUUUGUUUAUUUAAACUAUGUAAAUUACGAGUCAAAUAACAUUUUGUAAUCAACUUUAUUUCUAUUUUUUAAUACAACCUGACGAUCCUGGCCAGAUGAACGAAUCAACUUCAGGCAUUCUAGCAAAACGGAAGAAGAAUUAAUGUGACAUCGUUCAAAACGAAUCGAGACUGUAAAGAAGAAAGUGAAAAAAUAAAUAAAAUCAUGUUACUUCAUCUCAAUUUGUUUUUAUAAAAGUAAUCACUUUUAUUGCAUCUUUAGAGCUAUUUUACGAAGAAUUUGAUUUACAUUACCCAUAGUGAGAUCUCACUUCUACAAUGCCGAUUGUAAUGGGCAAGCAUGAAUGGGAUCGCAUCAAUGAAUGGACGAAAACAGACCGAGAGGAUCCGGAGGUGGUGCGACGGCGUGAGUACAUCAAGUACUUGGACGCUACCAGUCGCGCAAUGACGAAGAGUUGGCCAAACUCUCUAGAGAAUGUGAACAAACGCAACGAAGAGCUCCGUCAAGCCCGCAUCCAAAUCGCGGAGCAAGCCAACACCAAGUUCUACACCAAAUAUCUGAGGAAGAAGAAGGAGGAGCAGGAACGGCUCAUGUAUUCCGCCAGAGACGUGGUGUUCAAGAACAAGGAUGCACCGAAGCAAUUACUUAGUGCAGUAAUAGAAACUGCGAUGCUGAAAGAACGAGAAGUACAAGUGAACUUCUUAAAAGCGCGGCGUGAAGAAAGUGAAGCGCAGAAGAAAAAGGAUGAUGAAGAAAUCAUAAGGCAGGCCAAGGAGUUUGAGGAACUUCAGGAGCUCAGGAAAAAGAGAAGACGAGAGGUCAACUUGAAGCAUCAGAAGGAUAUUCUUGAUCAGGCCCAUGAAGUUGCAGAACGUAACCGAAUCGAGUACGAGACGGAAUUAAAUCUGCAGAAAAUCGACAACAUCAAGGCCAAUGAACAGAUGGAGGCUAUCAAAGAAUUUGAAGAGCAAUUUAAAUCAGAGGAAAGAGCUCGCAUCUUCCGAGAUAUAGAUCGUUCCCGAAAAGAGACUUGGGCUAGGAGACGCGAGCAGGAGGCACGAGACAAGAUGGACGAUCGCCUGAUAGAAGUGUUACUCAAGUCUCGCUGCAGGAUCGAACAGAAACGGAAGCAAACCGAAGCUGACGUGAAAAACGAGAAGCUUCGUGUGUUGGAGAAGAUCAGCCAGCGUUUGGAGUCUGGUGACGCGGCUCGGGAGGCUAAAGAGCAGGCCAUACUCGAUAAGGCUGUCGCUGAAAAGAACGCCCAAGAUCAAGCGCGUCUCGAUGCUCAGCGCAAGAAGGAGGAGAUGUUCCGCAAGCAGAAGAGGGAGAGCCGCGAGCAGUUCCUUAGGGAGCAGGAGCAGAAGCUGCACGAGUUCAACACCACGCGCCAGUGGGACAUUAUGAACAGAUUCAAGAACGUUGAAAUAUAUAAGGACUACCAAGAGAAACUCCGUGAAGACAAGAAACGUAAGAUACAAGAGUACAAAGAAGAAAUCCUCAGAUUGUGGAAAGAACGAGAGGACCGCGAUAACAAAGAGCGUGCGGAGACUCGCUACUUCUACGGCGAGCUGGCAGAGAAGAAACUGCGCGACGCCGACAACAGACUGCUCACGCACGCCGCGCACCUGCUGCAGGAGGCCAGGGAACAUGGCCGCCCGGAGUACGCGCUGCAUAAGGCCAUCGAUAACUACUGCAACCUGUACCGGCUGUACCCGAUGCCCGACCUGCCCGCGUCGCUGCAGGAGCACAUGGGGUCGUACGCGCCCCGCGACGGCUCGCGGCCCGACCCCGACUACCGCGAGCCGCCGCCCCCGCCGCCCGCCGCGGCCCCCGCGCCACUCAACAAGCCCACCACAUCCACUGCUGAACCUGGGAAGAAGGAUGGAUUGCAGCCUGUUACGCCGGCACCCCCUCCGGCAGAGAAAAAGGAAAAGAAUGAAGAUUAUAAGAGAUCUGCGCCGGCUAAUGGUCUGCAGAGGAAGAACUCGGAGCAAACAUGCUCGCUGCCCCCAAUCUCGGUGGUACCGUGCACGACCGAAGCGUGUCGGUGUGAACUGAAGCCAACAACCAAAUGAAACGACUGUACUUUACAAAAUAUUUACUUUUAUUAUCAUAAUUAUCAAUUUACUUUAGAAUGUGUUUGUCAAGUUAGAUCUCCCACACAUUUGCUGCUUGGCCACGCGGCCGUGCCUCGCAUUACACAUGAAUUCCAAUAUUAAACAGUUGAAUAUUGAGAUUGAAAUAUAUUUGCGCAGUAACACUUCCAGCGACUGUACAGUCGUCCGCGAGACAAGUCGCAAGUGUGCGCGAGGUCUGUGUAGAGAGCUUUUAUGGCACGAGUGAUGUUAUACAAGUGUGACUAGAUAAUUGGUGGUGUCAAAUUGUAAGUGAAUGUAGUAAAGCUUGUCUCGGUCCUAAA